AAGUCGAGCAAAGCCAAGGAGAAGAAGCAGAAGCGCCUGGAGGAGCGAGCAGCCAUGGAUGCCGUCUGUGCCAAAGUGGACGCUGCCAACAGGCUCGGAGACCCUCUGGAGGCCUUCCCAGUGUUCAAGAAGUACGAUCGAAACGGGCUGGACGUCUCCAUUGAAUGUAAGCGCGUGUCUGGGCUGGAGCCCGCCACCGUGGACUGGGCCUUCGACCUGACCAAAACCAACAUGCAAACCAUGUACGAGCAGAGCGAGUGGGGCUGGAAGGACCGGGAGAAGCGGGAGGAGAUGACGGAUGACCGGGCCUGGUACCUCAUCGCCUGGGAAAACCGCUCCGUCCCCGUUGCCUUCUCGCACUUCCGGUUUGACGUGGAGUGCGGGGAUGAGGUCCUGUACUGCUACGAGGUGCAGUUGGAGAGCAAGGUGCGGCGGAAAGGCCUGGGCAAGUUCCUCAUCCAGAUCCUGCAGCUCAUGGCCAACAGCACACAGAUGAAGAAGGUUAUGUUAACAGUAUUUAAACACAAUCAUGGCGCCUACCAGUUCUUCCGAGAGGCCCUGCAGUUUGAGAUUGAUGACUCUUCCCCCAGCGUGUCUGGCUGCUGUGGGGAGGACUGCUCCUACGAGAUUCUGAGCCGGAGGACCAAGUUUGGCGACAGCCAGCACUCCCACGCCGGCGGGCACUGCGGCGGCUGCUGCCACUGAGCUCCCAGAGACACUGCGGUCACGAUGCUCUUUCCUAGGCCUGUCCUCCCCCUCGGUCUCACGCUGCCUGCCAGGUGCCCUCAGGGCUGUGGCCUCGUGGGCCCUGCCUGUGUCAGGCUGCACCCUGAGAGCAGAGCUGGGAGGGGUGGUCCGAGCCGCCCUUCCUCCUCCCUCCC